CGAAACCAAAACACGAUGGCUGAAGAAGAAAAUACUGUGUCCGUCGGCUUCCCUCUCUUCAAACCCGCCGCACCCAAAUCCCCAAAACCCUCCAAAAACCCUAAGCCCGCCACAACUACUGCCUCCUCCGCCCCUGACUUCCAAAUAGAAAAAUCCACAAACCCUAACCCCGACUCCGCCGCUACAUUCGCCGACCUCGGCCUCGCCGACUGGGUCCUCCGAACAUGCGACGAGCUUGGUAUGAAAAAGCCUACGGCGGUCCAAUCCCACUGCAUCCCCGAAAUCCUAGCGGGCCGGGACGUGCUGGGCAUCGCCCAGACCGGUAGCGGCAAGACGGCGGCGUUCGCUCUGCCGAUUCUGCAGCGGCUCUCCGAGAACCCUUUCGGGGUUUUCGCGCUGGUGGUCACGCCGACGAGGGAGCUGGCGUACCAGUUGGCCGAGCAGUUUAGGGCUCUGGGGGCGUCUUUGCACUUGCGAUGCUCUGUGGUUGUCGGAGGCAUGGAUAGCUUGACUCAAACUCAGAGCUUGACGGCCAGACCGCAUGUGGUGAUCGCCACGCCGGGGAGGAUUAAGGUCAUGCUUGGCCAGAAGGAUAUUCGUCCUGUGUUCUCUAACACCAAGUUUCUAGUUCUGGAUGAAGCAGAUAGAUUAUUGGAUGUUGGCUUUGAAGAGGAGCUGAGAGCGGUGUUUGAGUGCUUGCCAAAGAGUCGGCAAACUCUGUUAUUUUCUGCAACUAUGACAAGUGAACUCCGAGCACUGAAUAGACCUUCUGCAAAUAAGGCAUACAAGUACGAGGCAUAUGAAGGUUUCAGAACAGUUGACACUCUAAAGCAGCAAUAUGUUUACAAACCCAAAAGUGUGAAGGAUGUUUAUCUGGUACACAUUUUGUCUAAACUUGAAGAUAUGGGUGUUCGCUCUGCCAUCAUAUUUGUUGCAAAAUGCAGGACUUGUCACCUUUUGAGUUUGUUACUAGAGGAGCUUGAUCAAAGAUUUUCAGCGUUGUAUUCAUUUAAGUCCCAGUCUCUAAGACUUGCUGCAUUACAUCGAUUCAAAUCUGGACAGGUUCCUGUGUUGCUCGCAACUGAUGUUGCCAAUCGUGGUUUGGACAUUCCGACAGUCGACCUAGUUAUCAAUUACGAUAUUCCAAGGGAUCCAACGGAUUAUGUUCACCGUGUGGGGCGUACUGCAAGAGCAGGCAGAGGAGGUUUAGCCAUAAGCUUCAUUACCCAAAAAGAGGUAAACCUCGUUAAGAAAAUAGAAGAAGUUGUAGGGAAACAAAUGGAGGAAUUUGAAUGCAAGGAAAACGACGCUCUUGCUGAUAUUACCAAGGUUUUCAAGGCUAGGCGUGUUGCAAAGAUGAAGAUGCUGGAUGAUGGGUUUGAAGAGAAGGAACAAGAACGGAAGAAACAAAAGCUGAAGAUGCUAGAAGAGAAAGGUUUACUGAAGAAAAGGAGCAAGAAGAGGAAAAGGGAAAAAUCUGACAAGUAAUUGGCGCCUAUCUCGAACCGAAAAACUUCAAUAGUAUCAUUUUUGUAGAGUAGGCCUUUAAUACAAGGAUACAAUGUCCUAUUUUUAAGCUUGCUUUGUUUCUUUGUUAAUUAAAUUUCAAACUUUGUAUGUUGUGAAAAGUAACUAUUAAUUCGAUCAUCUCUUCUUUCGUUA